CACAUCUUCACUUAAUUUUCUCUGUCUGCUUUCUGUAUUCUUCGCGGCUCUUUUCAUGUUUUAUUGAGAUUAUGAUCCGGAUUUCCUGAGUAAAAACAAAACAAUCCAUCUGAAGAGAAGCCGACCAUUUUAACAGAAUUUACAUUAAGCAAAACGAAGGAAAGCCUUAAAAUGUUAAGAACUAGCAGAGAACGAUGGCGAGUUUACAAGCGCAUCAGCUUAAUGUUCAUCUUGGCAGUAGUGACGCUAGCUGUCGUACAGAAAGGAAACAUCAGCUCACUACAGGACUUACAAAAAGACAGAACUGAAAGACAAACGCGUAUGGAAAUCGUGGCAGAAGUGGAUCUGCAGAAUAAAAGCUUCCUUCGCAUUUCUGCAAACUUCUGGAAGAAUCAUGCGCAAACAGUGCAGUCUACCACUGAAAAUCCUGUCGUCUCGCAGGACCAAAGACCCACGACCUGGGACAUCAGCAGCUCCAACUGCAGCACCAACCAUAACUUCUCUUCCUCAGAGUGGUUUACGGGGCUUGAAUCCAAUUUCAAGCAAUUUCUGCUCUACAGGCAUUGUCGAUACUUUCCCAUCAUAAUGAAUCAUCCAGAGAUAUGUGGUGAGGACAUCGACUUGUUGAUGGUCAUUAAGUCAGUGAUAACACAAUAUGAUCGGAGAGAGGUCAUAAGACAAACGUGGGGCAAAGAGCAGGUGAUCGAAGGCAAAAGAAUCAAGACUCUUUUUCUUCUUGGGACGUCUUCCAAUGAAGAAGAGAGAGCGAACCAUCAAAAACUUCUAGAAUACGAGGAUCACAUUUAUGGGGACAUCAUUCAAUGGGACUUCAUGGAUAGCUUCUUCAAUCUCACCCUAAAGGAGAUCCACUUCUUGAAGUGGUUCUCCACCUACUGCGGAAACACCCGCUACAUCUUCAAAGGGGAUGAUGACGUGUUUGUCAAUGUUCCCAACAUCUUGGAAUAUCUGGAGACAAACGCAGACUUGAAAGACCUCUUUGUCGGUGAUGUUCUCGUCAAAGCCAAGCCCAUACGCAAAAAAGAGAACAAGUACUACAUCCCUCAAGCCUUGUAUAAUAAGACCCACUACCCACCGUAUGCUGGUGGAGGAGGAUUUCUGAUGGAUGGACCUCUUGCACGUAAACUCUACGGAGCGUGUGAAACUCUAGAGCUCUAUCCCAUUGAUGAUGUGUUUCUCGGCAUGUGUCUAGAAGUGCUUCAAGUGACCCCUGUUAAACACAAUGCUUUCAAAACAUUCGGGCUUGUAAAGAAUAAAUCCAGCAAAUUGAAUAGGGAGCCAUGCUUUUUUAAAGGCAUGAUAGUGGUACAUAAAUUGCUCCCACCAGAUUUGAUAAACAUGUGGAAACUGGUCAACAGUGAUUUAGUUUGUUCACAGAAAAUGGAAAUCUUAUAGUCCAAGACUUUGAGCCUGGAAUAUUGUAGGAACCACAAUGAAGAAUGUGUGAAAGAUAAACUUUGAGGUUACUCAAACACAAAGUACUCCUUUUUUGAGGAGAUUUCCGGACAGUUAUUUAACUUAAUUUAUGCAGCAAAUAGAGUUUGUUUUGCAUGAUCUAUGGAUCUUUUUCAUGAAAUCUUCAGAAUUAUGUGAAAUAUUGUUAUAUGAAAAAUUUUUAAUGAUGCAACAACAUAAGUGUUUAAUGAAUGAUUUACACACAUCCAUUUUGCUUCCAUUUCACGAAUGGGACUGCGUAAAUGCUUGAGAAUGCUUAAAAUGGAAUAGUUUUUUGAACACAUUAAGGCUACAAAACCAGAAAAGCAUGAUGAAGUCAUGUUUCAAAAGUAUGUGAUUGUCCCAAACUGGAGGAAACACACAGACUCUACUCCGACCCUCUAUGGAUAAAUGUGUUUUAAAGUGUAUUUAUUAAACCAUGCUAUUGGUAACAGCUCUUCAAGGGCUUAUGUAAGUCAUUUAGAAUUAGAUAGUGUGAAUUGUGCAAAAUAAUUUAAUUUCCCCAUGAGAUGUAUAUGGUUGAGGGUUUAUUUUAAAACUGUGAAUCGCCUAAACUGCUGGUACAUGUAAAUGAUGAAUUAAUUUAUGAAAUUCCUCCUUGAAUUGGAGGAUGGAGACGGGCUAAGAAUAUUCAAUUGUGUGUUAAAAGGUUAUGGAAUACACAAUUAUAUGUAAUCCAGACAACAUGGUGUAAUUGUGUAAACUACACAGGAAUUGAGGUGAAAUAGAUGAGUGUUUGUAAAUAAAUAUUUCUAUUAAAGGCCAA